UUGUCGCCCGCCGCCGAAGUUGAAAAAGAAGUCCACUCCGCCGGCCGCCGUCCUCCACUGCUGACUUAUCUCUUGGCCGCGCCACUUGCAGCGGAGGCUACAUUGGCUGGCGAGCGAGCAGGAGAGCGGAGCGAGCGCUAGCGGAGGCAUCGUUUUAAGGCAGUUCCUCCUGCAACGCAGAGCUCUGUGGAAGAUAAGCCCCGAUCCAUCACUUAUUGAUGAUCCACGGUUACUACAAACUUGGGGAGGUGGAACUCCUCAAGUUUUCCAGUUAUCUACUGACUUGUUGAUGUAUGCUGGUGUUUUCCAGUUCUCUACAUUGUUUUUACUUUUUAUUAUGUUCUUGUUCUAUAGCAUUUUUUUGUCUCCCUUUUUUUUUCCAGAGCUCCUCAGUUUCUACAAGUUCCCUGACGAGAUGCGGUUCCUAUCAUCCGCGGACCUGGCUUGUCAUCCACAGAUGGCCAUGGUUAUCCUCCUCCUCCUCCUGCCCCUCGUGCCUCUCGCCGCUGCCCAAGCAUGGCCAUUUUGUGGCGACAGCGGUGUCUACGAAUCAGAUAGCACCUACGAAGCCAACCUCGAGCUCCUCUCAACCACCCUCCCGAAGAAAGCAGCGUCCAGCACCAACCUCUUCGCCACCGACACCGUUGGCAUUGUUCCGAAUGUCAUCUUCGCCCUCGCACUCUGCCGCGUGGACUCCAACGCCUCUGCCUGCGAGGGCUGUUUGGUUACCGCCUUCCAGGACGGGCAGGAGCACUGCGCGAACAAUAAGGACGCCGCCGUGUACUAUGAUAGCAAUCCCUGCAUGCUCAGGUUCUCCAACCAGAAUUUUCUUGCUACCAACGUCAAUGACAAUAUACUCGUCGUUCCGAGCAUGGAAAUGCCGCUCAUCACCUGGACAAGAGCCGACUUCUCCAGGAUCCUGUUUUUCACGCUUCUGAACAGCACGGCUGAAUCGGCCGCGGACAGCCCAAGGUGGUUCACCACCUCGCGCUUAGACAUCAGCUCCUUCCCUACGCUCUACUGCCUUAUGCAGUGCACGCCAGACCUGACCGCCGACGACUGCAUGGCCUGUUUGCAGCCUUACUCCCAGUAUACACUCAAGUACAUGGAUGGUCAGAAAGGUGGUCAAAUUCUGGGGACACGGUGUAGCAUGAGGUACGAGAUAUACCCAUUCUUCCAAGGGGAGACCAUGCUGCGUAUUAGCAACUUGGCAUCUGAAGUUCCGGCAAUCAACAACACCUUGCCGCCAGUUACAGUGUACCCGCAUUUGCCGGUUUCGCAAGCCACCAUCCAAGAAUAUCAGGGACGCAACUCCCGCCGGAAGGUGCUGCGGAUUAUUGCUAUUGCAGCUCCAUUACUGUCAAUAUUUCUGUGCUUUAUCUGUUGCAUUGUAUGGAUGACAAGACGAAGAAAAGGAACUGAUAUCUUACACGAUCAAGCUGCCAUGAAUAGGCUGGAAGAAGACGCAUUCGUUUCGAGAUUGGAAGACAAGAGUUUAGAGUUCACUCUCUUUGAAUUUUCUGAGAUAUUGCAUGCUACACACAACUUCUCCAAAGAAAACCUACUUGGGCAAGGUGGUUUUGGUCCUGUCUACAAGGGCCAAUUACCAGAUGGAGUGGAAAUUGCAGUUAAAAGGCUUGCCUCACAUUCAGGACAGGGUUUCACAGAAUUCAAAAAUGAAGUUGAACUUAUUGCAAAACUACAGCACAAUAAUCUGGUCAAGCUCAUAGGAUGCUGCAUUGAGGGAGAGGAAAAACUUUUGGUGUACGAAUAUUUGCCAAAUAAGAGCUUGGACUUCUUUAUCUUUGAUGUUAGCCGAACAACUUUGGUUGAUUGGAAUAAAAGAUGUGUUAUAAUCGAAGGGAUAGCCCAAGGUCUACUGUAUCUCCACAAGCACUCUCGCUUGCGCAUCAUACACAGGGACCUUAAGGCCAGCAACAUUCUCUUGGACCAGGGCAUGAAUCCCAAAAUUUCUGAUUUUGGGCUAGCAAAAAUUUUCAGCUCCAAUAAUACUCAAGGGAGCACAAAGAGGGUGGUGGGAACAUAUGGUUAUAUGGCUCCGGAGUAUGCAUCUGAAGGCAUUUACUCGAUCAAAUCUGAUGUGUUCAGCUUUGGUGUCUUACUUCUCGAGAUCCUUAGCGGACAAAGGAAUUCUGGUUUCCAUCAGCACGAAGACUUUCUUAACCUCCUUGGAUAUUCAUGGCAGCUAUGGGAAGGAGGAAGAUGUUUUGAGCUUCUAGAAGCAUCAAUUGCCAAGGAGAUCCAUGCAGCGGAGGCUAGGAGGUACAUUAACAUUGCACUAAUGUGCGUACAAGAGCACGCAGAUGAUCGACCGACCAUGUCAAAUGUCGUUGCGAUGUUAAACAGCGAGAGUGUUAUUCUUCCAGAGCCUAAACAUCCAGCAUACUUCAGCCUAAGGGUAUCUAAAGUAGAUGAAUCGGGUAAUAAUGACUUAACCGUCUGCAGUAAUAACGAGGUAACCAUCACUGAGGAGCCAGAUGGCAGAUAGUUGAUCACCUUGCUUCAAUUGUUAAUGGAAGUGCUAGCAAUCAGACAACAGGCAGGCAGACCAGGUCAAGUGAACUAGGGCAGACCAAGUAAGCCUAUCAUAUUUUGGUUAUGAAGGAUGGCGACCGGCGUAUCUCUGUAGCCGUUGUUCGGUCCAGCGGUAUCUGUGUAAGCUCUGCCAGUAUGCAUAGGCUGUAUUGAUAUGCAGGUUAAUACUGUAUGUAGCUUUUGUGCACUGCACCAUCGUUUUCCACUGGUGGCUGCUGCUGUAGACUUUAAAGGAAGACUUGAAAUCCAAAGGAUUUCAAUCUGAUAACAGAUGCAUUUUUCCACUGGUGGCUGCUGCUGUAGACUUUAAAAGAAGACUUGAAAUCCAAAGGAUUUCAAACUCACAGCAGAUGCAUUAACUGAAUCCUGUUGGGUAAAGUAUUUGUUGCAUCUGUACGCGCCUUUCAUGUUUUCCUGAAAGUUAAUUCCAUUUACA